UCUCCCCACCUGCUCUCCACCAGCCCAGGAGCUCAACACGUGCACCACAAAACAGGGGCCAGGGAGGCGGUAGCCAUGGCCGAGUGCGAGGAGCUGGUAGAGAGCGGCGCCGAGGACAUGCCACGCGUGGUGGCCGCCCUCGCCGGCAUCCUGGAGCGCGUCACGGAGCGCAACGACGCGGCGGUGGCGGCAGACCUGUCCGUGGCGUCGGCGUUCCGGGCGACGAACAAGCCAGGCAUCUCGGUGCGCGCGUACAUGGCGCGCAUCGCGCGGUUCGCCAGGUGCAGCCCCGCGUGCUACGUCGUCGCCUACGUGUACCUCGACCGCCUCCUCCGCCGCGGCCGCCGCCUCGCUCUCGCCGUCGACUCUUACAGUGUGCACCGCCUCCUUAUCACCGCCGUGCUCGCCGCCGUCAAGUUCUUGGACGACAUACGCUACAACAACGCGUACUUCGCCAAGGUCGGGGGCAUCAGCCUGGUGGAGAUGAACUACCUGGAGGUGGACUUCCUGUUCGGCGUCGGGUUCGACCUGAACGUGACGCCGGGGACGUUCGGCGACUACUGCGCCGUGCUGCAGUCCGAGCUUCUGUGCGCAGAGGCUCCCCCCGAGCCGCCGACGCAGACGCCGAGGCUGCAGUACUGCUGCCUGUCCGAGGACGACGCCGGCGCCGGCGCCAGCUGCAGCUCCCAGCAGCAGCUCGCUGCAUGAAGAGCAGGCGUGCAUGUGACUGUGUGAGUCGGUCCGUGUCACCGUGUGCUGUUGCUCGUCACAAUAGGGUUAGCCAGCAUGGAAUCUAGUUUCGCCUCCAGGUCUUUAAAACGAAGUCCAUGGGAUGGGGAGUAAGAAGUCUUGACUUCAUACCGUCAGGAAAUUUGUAUGUGAAUAUAUAGGAGAGCUAUUGGAGGAUCAACAGGCACAGGAAAGGACGAAUGAUGAGUAACUAUUUGCUAUUGAAAAAAAAUACUAUUACGAUGUACCUCGUUGGGAGGGUCUAUCCAAGACCAUACCAUCUUUUCAGAAUGGCCCUAGGGAAGAGACGAAGAAAGUGGCUUUGCUGUU